GUGUCGUCAGACGUGAUCAUCUAGACCAGAGUAAUCAACUACCGCUUGUUGAUCUUUAUCUUUUACUUCUGUCUUUUUUUUUUACUGCUAAGCUAGCGAGUUUAUAGUUGGCGGAUGGUAGCUUCUUGUCUUCCCGUUUGCUAAUACAACUAUUCAGCUAUGAAUUUCGCUUUUGUCUGACGUUCAUCGGCCACGGGACUUCGUUGAACGGCGACUUUUGGAGAUCACCGUCAUAUUAUGUCCCGGGCAACAUCGUAAGACUUAACAGGUUGAGCUACCGUUAGCCAAUGGCCCUGUCCUGGUUGACAUGACAACUUUCCCGACCCCGGUCCUGGUUGACAUGACAACUUUCCCGACCCCUGUCCUGGUUGACAUGACAACUUUCCCGACCCCUGUCCUGGUUGACAUGACAACUUUCCCGACCCCGGUCCUGGUUGACAUGACAACUUUCCCGACCUGCUGAUGACCCGUGUGUCAUCCCUGUGAUAUUCCUGCCCGGUGGGACCAUCUUAAACAACACAUCAUGGAUGAGGAGUCUGUGGACCAAGUGCCCAACCUGUCUCCUCUUCCUGACUGUAACCAUGGUGACCAGAGCUCACUGUUGAGCCAGCGGGAGAUGGUGUUGGAAAACCACGAUUAUCUCCAUCACCGUGAAACACUGGCCUCAAAGGUUUCAGAGGAAGAGAGAGGAGUGUGGUGCGAGUCUGAUGUCCCUGUAGUACAACAGAACAACCUCGACAACACAACAUCAUCCACUAAGAAGUCUUUCCCUUGCUCUGUGUGUGGACGACUCUUCACUACAAAACAGUCCCGGGACCGACACAUGAAGAGCCACACGGGAGAGAAGCCGUUCCACUGCACCGUGUGUGGGAAGAGCUUCUCUCAGCAGUCCUCCUUUAGGAUACACCAGAAGAGCCACACGGGGGAGAAGCCCUACCGCUGCCUUGCACCUGACUGUGGGAAGAGCUUCUACCAAUCAGGAGCCUUGUUGAGACACGGAAGGGGUCACGCUGAGGGGUCGACUAGACUAAGUGCUGCUGGAGAUGUGCUGCCACACCAACAGGAGCUGCUUGUCCAACAGGACGAUACUAGUAACAAGAAUUCUAAACUUCAGGCUGUAGUGGAUGUGCUGCCAGAGCAAGAGGAUGUCCGUCUGGCUCAAGGAGACAGUCCUGCCCCUCCUCCCAGCUCCGUCCCCUCUACACCGGGAGGACUACCUGUCCAACACCAGCAGAACCACAACAACACUACCAACACCUGUCAGAAGUGCGGAGAGCAGUUCUCCACCUUCUACAAGCUGCGUGUCCACCUGACCACCCACAGGGGAGAGAAGCCCUUCUCCUGUCCAGACUGUGGUCAACGCUUCUCAGCCCGGGGCUACAUGGAGUCACACCAGAGGGUACACAUCAAGGAGAGACCACACCCCUGCCCCGACUGUGGUAAAAGGUUCCUCUCCCUGGGAGACCUGAAGAGACACCAGCAGAGCUUCUCCGAGGAGAGACCGUACAGCUGCUCUGAGUGCAGGAAGAGUUUCACCCAGCCGGGGUUCCUAAGGGCACACCAGAGGACGCACACCGGGGUAAAAGGUUACCGCUGCCCCUACUGUCACAAGGACUUCUUCACUGCCUCCAGUCUGAGGAGACACAGGAAGCAGGCGCAUGCGGAAGAGACCGUUAUGCUGCCCCCUAGUGGUGGACUCCAGCUGUCACAUGCUGGAGAGAGCCUGGGUCAAGCUGAAGCUGGUGUACCAGGACUGAAGGUCAUAGUGAAGGAGGAGGAGGAUCCUGCUUUUG